AUGGUCGAGAGGGAAGACUUAGAAGCGCUGUUCAUUGAAAUCAUUGUCAAACAACAGAGGUACCUCGUGGCCUCCAUUUACUGCCCCUCAGCUCUCCGCGCCGAGUCAUACAGUCUGCUCCGUUGUUCGAUGGAACACAUUGUAGCGCUUCGCGGCCCAUAUCACAACGUCGACAUCCUCGGCGACCUCAACGCCCACAUCGACUGGGCCGAUCCUCUGUUUCCACUGCCGGAAGACCCCGCAUCUGACAUGCUCCUGGACCUGUUUAAAACAAAUGGGUUCACACAGCUGUGCACGGAGGCUACAUACACAACUAAUACAAAAAAAUCGUCGUGCCUUAACCUCUACUUUACUCUCAACCCAACUCUUGUCCACGGCUGUGCUGUCACUGCUGGCCUGAGCAACUCUGACCACAACGUCAUUCAGCUAUCGACAUUUCCGUCCCUUCCUACCAGAGGGAAGCACAUUCGGCUUCUCCGUGCCUACAGUAAACUCGACUUUGAGCACCUCCAUCGGCUUGUACGCGUUGUCCCAUUGGACGCCCUGCUUUCAGAACACGACAUUGACGACAUGUGCGAGACCUGCACGUCUCUGAUGAACGCCCUUUGA